CAGUUACGCGCGGACGCCAUGGCGGCCCCACGCGCACUGACGUUCUCCCGCGCCAAAUUCAAAUUCUAGUCAUUCUCUUUUUGAAUCGUAAGCAUAGACGAGAUUGAUGUUUUGACGGUGUUUUUUUUUUUGACUGAUGAUGACCAUGUUUACGACUGACCAGUGACGUGACAGUGACUAGUGUGACAAUAUGACGUGACUUUUGACUUGGAUUGACUGACUGGACUUGACUACGGAGCGGAAAUGCAGCGGUGGCAAUGGCGAGGGUCUGGAAGGUCGCGAGGAGGAGACUCAGUUCCCGACGGCGAGUAUGAUGAGGCAGUCAUCCCUGAUGCAGCACUGCCCUCUAAGAGGAGCUCCUAAGUGCCCUCCCGCUUCUAAAAGAUACCGCACUCAUGAUGGAACUUGCAACAACAUCAACCGUCCCCGCUGGGGAUCCACCAUGACCCCCGUGCAGCGUUUCCUCGCACCUUCCUACUCCGACGGGCUGCAGGCUGCUAGGAGGUCCAUCUUCGGCACCAAGCUGCCUUCAGCAAGAGAGAUCAGUUCCACGAUCCAUGAGGACAGGAACGCUGAGACAGUAGGAGUGACGCAUCUGCUGAUGCAGUGGGGACAGUUCCUGGACCAUGAUGUGACUUCUUCGUCGCAGUCUCGAGGGUUUAAUGGAUCGGUGCCCAGGUGCUGCAAGGAUGGUGGCCGGGAUUUCGUUCCUAAGGAGUUUAUGCAUCCCGAAUGCUUCCCCAUCCCGGUGCCAGCAUCAGACCCGUUCUAUGGUCCUCGUGGAGUGAGGUGCCUGGACUUCGUGCGAUCCUCACCAGCUCCUCGAGACGACUGCGCGCUCGGCUGGCGAGAGCAGCUCAACCAGGUUUCUGCGUAUAUCGACGGGUCACCGCUGUACGGGAGCUCGGCUACCAAGUCCGAUAAGUUGAGGCUGUUUAGGAAUGGUAUGCUGCAAUACGGCAGAAUGCAACAACGCCGCCCUGUGCUGCCACCGGAGCGACGUGACGAGCUGUGCCGCAAGGGAGCCGUGUCCACCGACUGCUUCAAGUCAGGAGACGCCAGGGUCAACGAGCACCCGGGGCUGGUGGCCGCGCAUAUUGUGUGGCUGAGGCAGCAUAACAGAAUGGCACAAGAGCUAACGCAUUUGAACCCACACUGGAGCGAUGAGAAAAUCUACCAAGAAACACGCAAGAUCGUAGGAGCUAUGAUUCAGCACAUCACAUACAGAGAGUUCUUACCUAUUGUGCUAGGUUCCGAAGUAAUGCAUCGCUUCGAGCUCGAGCUGCAGAAGAAGGGUUUCUACAAGGGCUACAACCCUAAGAUCAACCCGAGCCCGGCCAGCUCAUUCGGUUCAGCUGCCUUCAGGUUCGGCCACAGCCUCGUGCAGUCCUCCAUGGUGCGCUUCGAUAGGUUCCAUCGGCCUAUGAGCAAUAAUGUAUCCCUCCACGAUGAACUAAGUAACCCAUCCAACAUCUGGUCUAUCGGCGCAGUAGACCGUCUGCUCCUCGGCAUGUUGAACCAGCCUAUCCAGAAACGCGACGAAUUCAUCACGGAAGAGCUCACCAACCACCUCUUCCAGACUCCUCAGUUCGACUUCGGCAUGGACUUGGCAGCUAUCAACAUCCAAAGAGGGAGGGACCAUGGAGUUCCUCCGUAUACAUCAUGGAGGGAACCAUGUGGGUUGUCAGCUAUUGAAGACUUUGAUGAUCUUCUGAGGGUAAUGCCAGCUAGAGCUGCGAGAAAGAUGAAGACUUUGUACAGGCAUGUGGAUGAUAUAGACCUGUUCACGGCGGGCAUGGCAGAGAGGCCGGUGAUCGGUGGCUUAGUGGGACCAACCUUUGCUUGUAUCAUAGCGCAGCAGUUCACCAAUCUUAGGAAAGGAGAUCGGUUUUGGUACGAAAACGGAGGUUUCGAAUCAUCAUUUACACCAGCCCAGCUUCAACAAAUCCGUAGGAUCUCUUUCGCACAAGUCCUCUGUCGCACUUUAGACAGCAUCGAUACAGUCCAACCUUUCGUCUUCCUCUCUACCGACAAUCCCGACAAUGACAGAAUAUCUUGCCAGAAUGGACUGCUUAAUAACUUUGACUUAUCACCUUGGAUUGAAAUAGACUCAGAAUCUGACAACGAUAUUAGUAAAGCUGAAGCUACCAGCCCAAAACCGACUAAAAAACCAUCAACGACAUCAAGACCUACAACGACAAAGAAAACAGCGGGAAAGGGUGCGAUUAAGCCAAACAAAAAGAAGCCUGACAUUAGCACUAGUACUAUCAAAAACAUGACUAUUGAAAGUUUGACUAAAGAGAACCCGACUGACAAACUAAACGUGACAGACCUACAGAAAGACAAUGACAAAGACGAACUGAACUUGACUCUGACUAAUGCCAUGACUACUACGACUGUAAAACCUAACAUAACGACUAAACCCACCGUGACUAGACGUGACGUACAGAUAGAUGACAAACUUGACUUCAAAAACAAGAGCCGACGGUUUGACGACGUUAAAGUAGACUCUAGACGCAGACCUUCAACCAAGUAUGACGAAUAUGAAUAUGACGAUGAGGAAGACACUCAACAAGUGCAAUCUGUUGUCAUAAACAACGUUGCACAUAAAAGACCUCAAUACAACCGACCUAACAGCAGACCUAAUAACAGACCAGUAAUUACAGUGACUGAGAACAUUGACAAAUACACUUACUUGAUCAACUAUGUGCCGAGACCAACUGAGUCUUGGCGACAAUCGAAUAGGAGACCUACUACUGGACGACCUACAUCUGACAGGGACGUGGUUAAAGUAACAUAUCAGACUUAUGACGACACAUACAGACGACCAAACAAACCUUACUAUUACAACAGACAAGACAAUCAAGAGACCAAUUACAGAUACAAUAGACCGACUCAUACGACUAAAAUCAGCUACCCUUCCUCUGCUAGGUCCAAUGACGAGACUGUGACACAGAAAACCAAAGUGACUGACAAUCCUGAGACUAAAAGCGAAAGCACGACUGACUUAUAUAAACUUGUGACAUUUGGAUACGUAGGGACAUACAAAGGUUCAGCUAGCACUACUGAAAAGAAAAUGACUGACAUGACUGACAAAACUGUGACUGACAAAAACAUGACUGACAAAAAGGACAUUGAAGCUGACAUGACUGACAAAGAAGUGGCUGACAGACAUAAAGCAGAAACUGUAAGUAAAGACUUCUCGACUUUUGACGCGAAUGACAACAAAAAUAUGAAACUAUCGACAUUUUACCUUUACGAGACCGCAACUAAGCCUUAUUUACAGAGACCGACGAGACGUAACGACGAAGUACCGGUACAGACUAACAAAUACUAUUACAUUAGGAAUGUUCUUCACAAAUACUCUAACACUGACAAGAAUCCUUCUGGUCAGCCAAAUAAAGAAGAGAAAAGAGAGGUCAUAACAGAUGGGUACAAUAAUCUUGGUGACCGUGAGGUCAAUAUAGAAGAGAGAUCUGCAGUAGACAAGAUGGCGUCCUUAGAAGACAUAGAAGUAAAGUCUAAUGUGCCGAGCCGACAUAGAAACAGAGUGAAGCCUUCAAGUCCAGCUAAGACUCCAUCUGUAGCCUUUCAAGUAAUACCCAGUGAGAACAGUCCAUCACAAUGGGCCGUUUACGACGAGAACUUGGAUCUACCUGAACAGCACAGCAUGCCGACCAUCAAGACAGAUCCUUACGCCCUGAAGGAGAUACCCACACCCAUAGCCUUCAACAGCUUCAGGAGACGAAGACCAGGACUUGGGAGGCAUUGACGCAUCUCCAUGUUUUAGACGAAAUCUUGCCUUAGUUCCAAUUAAUUAGAUAAGUGUAAGAGCCAAUAUUGAAUUUGUAAUGUUGAAAUAUUUUGUGAUAAAGUUAUGAAUGUAGGCAAUGAAAUUAGCUUUUUUGUGCCUAUUUCGUUUUAAGAAAGUGGGCGUUAUGGGCCUGAAAUAAAAUUAAAAUUUAUUAUGAAAUAAUCUAUUAAUAGCUCGUUUUGGUAUUUUCCGCUUGACUGACGUGACUACUAAAUGACAUGAUUUGAUAAUGACUUUACCUUCCCUAAAUUAUAGACUGACCAAUAACUUUAAUCGAUGGCUGACAAAAAUACUAGACUGACAUUGAAUUGUAGCUAAUGUGACUGAGUUAAUGAAAUGACCCGACUUGACCAAAUACGACUGACUGACAAACUGACCAAUGGACCAACCGACUUGACUGAGACGACCGAUUCGACAGAGUUCGAAGAAGUAGUAGUCAAGACACCUACGUACCAAAUGACUUUCGGCACCGACUGUAAAACACGCACACAUGACUAGAAUGUUGAUUGAGCUUCGACAAUGAACAAUGACUCGAUUUACUCAACAUCUAUGGCAAAACUUAUGACGUACAGUACUACACAAGUUGCUUACGAUAACUAACAGUAUACAGUAUCAAGAGUAUAUGAACUACCUGCUUAUAGGUAAAAUCUUGACAAAUAUGUCAAAUGACUGACUCAAUGUGACUGAACUUUAACUGACUUCAUUGACAAAAAUACGUCUAAACUGACCUGACUGACAAAACUACUAAUUUGACUGACGAAUAACGUGACGUGACUAAAGAGACAACAACGCAGUAGGACAAAAUAUAUUUUUAUUUACGACAUCAACUCACAUGGUUAUUUACUUGACAUUACAUAGUAACAUUUUUAUACUAGAUCUCGUCAUGACAAAGUUUAUAUAAGUACUGACAAACUGACUGACAACUCGCACAAUGACAAAGACUGUUCGGAUUAAAACAUUAAUAAAUAAUUAUAUUUCAUUAAUAUACCAAUAGGUAUGUUUUUAUAUUAUUUUUAAUUUACCUACUAGUUGUCUUAAGUAUUUAAGUUUUCACAAUAUUUUUGCUUUGUUUUCUGGCCAUUAAAUGGCAGAUUUCAUUUAAUUUGUUAUCAAUAAAUAAUUACUUCUUAUUCUAUACAUUAAAAUGAAUCUAAACACAAUAUUACAUUAACAGACAAAUUAAUUUAAGGUACACACAGUAUAAUAAGUAAAUCAAUCAAAUUGUUAGCAUUUACAAGUAUGAUUGUAUUUUAUUAUCACUUUUCAACGUGACAAUUCAGUUAAUUCUUGAUAAUUUAUUGAUUACAUCAAAUAUUGUGAUUAAAUUAUUUUAAACUGA